AUGCUCUCCUUGGUAAGACAAGGGGUUUUAAAUAAAUACCUUAAAAUUUUGAGGUUAAGUAUUGCAGAUUACAGUAACUUGCCCGAUAUAAAGAAAUUAAAUGUAGUCAGGACAGUUGAGAAAACCAUUGAUAACAAUACUAGCAUAUUCAUAGAGAGUCCUAUACAUGUGAAAGUGCAGCCCAUCGAUGUAAACGAUUUAAAAGCUCAUAACAAAUUGACUAUGACGCUUUAUAGUCAAGGAAAAGCUACAAGUGAUUUCCAAGUAAAACAAACUUCAAAACGUCUGGAACUUCUAAACAAGAAUGCCAGUUCUGAUUAUAACGACGUGUGUUUGAUACAUGUGCCGUAUCAUCUUAACGUUCAAGUGACGACUACUGAAAACGCAUCAGUCCACUUGUCUAAAUUAGAAGGUGAAGAUUUCAUAGUGAAAACAGAAAAAGGUGGUGUUAACGUUGCCGAUUUGAAGGCUCAGAAUAUCAAAGUUGAAAGUUUAGGGGGACAAGUUAAAACUGAUGGCAGAUUGCAGGCUUCAAAUAUUGAAUUAAAAACUGGUUUGAGUUCUGGUAUCAAUUGUAACAACAUUAUGUCGAAUUCGUUUGUUGUGACGACACAUGCGGGCCCAAUAUCAGUUAAAUCUUGUUACAGUGAUAAAUCACAUUUCACAACACUCAUGGGUAACAUCAGACUUGACCAUCUCCAUAGAUCUGUACUGAUUGAUGUUAUAAAACAAGGCAACUUGUACAUUACAGGUUUCUCUGGGAACCUGCAGGCGUCACUCAAAAGUGGUGAGGUGUUCAUGCAUGCGUCCCAGUUGUUAGAUAAAAGUAGUAUUUUCAUUCAUGAAAAGGGUAAAGUUGAAUUAUUAAUACCUGAUAUAUUGAAAAACUUGCCUGCAACAAAUUUGAUAGCAGAGAAGAUAAAAGUGGAUGAGAAAAUAUUAAAAUUGGGACGAUUCAUGGAUGACAGUCAUCCUAAACGAUUCAGGUUUGAAGGAGAGCCAAAUAAUGAAUUACACAUAGUGUGUAAAAAUGGUUCCAUUGAACUGAGAGAAACUAAUAUGCCAUUUGAAAUUUAG